UAAAUAAAUAAAUAUCUAAUGGGGGAGUAGUAUGUAAAAUUCGUGGUCGCCAUUGUGCAAUCAACAGUGUCCUCUUCCGGUGAAGCUCCGCUCUUCUUCUCCGGUGAUCUUUCUGCAAAUUGAGCGGAAAGGAAAAAUAUACUUCUUUGGAGUCGGGUCCUCAACAGUAGACAUGGUGCAGAGUAUGUCAAUGAGCACUCUUGCUACUUCUAGAUAUUGCGGAGCUUGUGGUUCCACCUACCUGAGGAGUCAUUUUGGACAGAUAAAAGAAACCGCAACUGGUUUUGGGGAAAGAUUUGUGUGGAAUGAUCGUCGGAAAAGCUUGUCUUUUUCUACCCACUUUGAUAUGCUAAAGCCGAGAAAUUUGAGAGCGCAAGCUGGAUGGUUGUUUAAAGGGGGCGAUCAAGCCUCAGAAGCAAGUUGUGAGCGCAGCGAGAAUGCCAAUGAAGAUAUCUUGAUGUUCUUUUUCCAGCUGGACUUGGCUACACGUGUGCAGUAUGCCUUGAACGUGGAGCAGUAUGAAAUUGCACAACAACUAAGAGAGAAGCUCACUGAGGUGGAAACAGAGGUUCUGAAGCAGCAGGAAUCCCGAAGGGGAUCAGCCUCAAAGAGUGAAGCUCAAGAUAUGGCCAUAAGCAUCUUGCGUCUACGUGCAGACCUGCAGAAUGCAGUUCAGAGUGAAAACUAUGAUUUGGCGGCUAAAUUACGAGACGAAAUUUCCAAACUAGAGGCAGAGUCUCUAACUGCAUCAAUAAGAGCUCAAGCAUACGUAAAUGCUCAAUAUGCAUUUCGAUUAGGCCAGAAAGUGAGGCACAAGAAUUUUGGAUAUCGUGGUGUAAUAUGUGGGAUGGACCCAAUAUGUUGUGAAUCAAGUUCAUGGAUGGAAACUGCUCAAGUUGAUAAGUUGAGCCGUGGUCCUGAUCAGCCAUUUUAUCAGGUGCUGGUGGAUGUACAUACAGAUCCCAAUCUGUUAGUUGCAUAUGUUCCUGAGGAAAGUUUAGUGGCCCCCAGCGAACCAGAUAAGGAUAGAUUUGAUCAUCCCUACACCUCAUUCUUAUUUUUUGGGAUGGAUGCUGCUGGAGAUUUCAUACCAAUCAAGCAGCUGCGCGAGAAAUACAACAGGCCUCGACAUGAGGUGCCAUAUGAUCCAGAGGACGAGAAGAGUGGAGAAGGAUCCUAGGUGUCACCAGGAGCAAUGCUGUCCUCUUGGGCAAGAUUUGAAUAUAUGAGAAAUCCUUUUCCUGAUUAUGGUCGAGUUACUUCAUUUCGAGACUACACAACAUGUUUUCCUGCACAAUGUCCUUAGAAUACAUGCAAUUGUGGAGGUUUUGGUGUAUUGUGGUAGAGAUUUAGGAUGAUAAUGAUCAAAGUACAUAGAGCUUCUGUUAUUAUGAGCCAGUUUCACAGAAAAUGGUCAAGUUUAGAACAAAUAGCAAAAUGUGUCUGAUGAUGUAUGGUUAUUGUUCCACUUUUCGGAUCUUUACCCUAAUAGCCGGCGAUGUUCGUUGUUUA